CUGUGCGAAAUUAUUCAGUUAACUGUUGCGGGUUGGUUGAGACAUACAAGCCCAUCUUGAUCGCAAAGUGUUGAGGAGCUAAACCUAGUGCAAAAUGAAAUCCAUGCUCAUUUUCGGCCUUGUGGCGAUGUGCGUGCUGGUUGCCAGCGCCAGCGAGGAGGCACCCAAGAAGCCCGUGGAGGCGGCCGAGCCCGCUGAGAAGAAACAGGAGAAGCGCGGCAUUGGCCACGGCCUGGGCUACGGCUACGGACCGUCGGCGGGAGGCGGCGCCAUCCUGGGAUCGGGAAUUGGAAUCGGAGUGGCCCCCGCCGUCGCCGAGCUGCCCACCCAGGUGCACACCAACACCGUGGUGAGGACCGUGCAGGUGCCCUACCAGGUGGAGCGUCACGUGCCCUACCCCGUGGAGAAGACCGUCACCUAUCCCGUGAAGGUGCCCGUGCCACAGCCCUACCCCGUGGAGAAGAUCGUCCAUGUGCCCGUGAAGGAGAUCGUUAAGGUGCCCGUCGAGGUGCCCCAGCCCUACCCCGUGGAGAAGGUGAUCCGUGUGCCCGUCAAGAUCCCCGUUGAUCGUCCCUACACCGUGCACGUGGACAAGCCCUAUCCCGUGCCCGUGGAGAAGCCCGUGCCAUACACCGUUGAGAAGCGCGUCAUCCACAAGGUGCCCGUGCACGUGGAGCGCCCGGUGCCCUACAAGGUGGCCGUGCCCGUGCCCGUCCAUGUGGAGAGCCAUGUGAAGCCCGCAGUGGCCGUCACCCACACCGUGGCCGCCGCUCCGGCCUACGUUAGCCACGGCAUCUCCGGACACGGCAUCUCCGGCUACUCCGGACAUGGUCUCUCCGGCCAUGGCAUCUCCUCGUACGGCGUCUCUGGCCACGGAAUCUCCUCCUACGGCAGCUCCGGCCACGGUGGCUACCUGCACAAAAAGUAGAUCAAUUGAUGCACUGCUGUCGAGGGCCAACUGAGAAGUGAAAUCGGGUGAAGGCGAGCCAAACAACAACACAAGUCGAAAGUAUCCAAAAAUGAGAAACGAAAACAUUAAGAUUCGAGCACCCCCAAUCACCCUCUUUACCACGCCCAGCAACCGCCCACGUACGACUUACAAAUUUAGUUUUAGUUUGUGAUACCAACCGAAAUUCUAGGCGGAAUCCCGAAGCAGGAGAAAAUCACGCGUCUGACGCAAUCCCAUCUAGAAUGCUUGCCAAAAACCCAUCUCUGGGGGCGUUUAGAAAGUGCCUGUCUCCUGGCUUCCGAUUCCACCGCGUGUACAGUGCUUUUGUAGACAAUCACUGAGAAAUAACUGCUGACGAGUUGCUCCUUCGACUUUUUCAUGUCAAUUUCUUUUCUAUGAAAUGUUUGUACAUAUUUAAAUAAUAUAAAUAAAACGAAAAUUAA